AUGCCUGCAGGACGACCACCAAGUGAUAUUGAUCAAUAUAAAGAAGAGAUAUCCUCCAGCUUUUUGAAUGGCCAGAGCGCAUCCAAUAUUACUAAAAUACUGUCUGAUAAAUAUCAAAUUACUGUUCAUUCUCAAACAAUUCGAAGGCGGCUUCAACAAUGGGGUGUCUCACGUACGAAUCACGAAUCCAAAGAACUAGAGGAUAAGAUCAAAGAACUAUAUUUCCAACAUGGUUUACGUGACCGUCAAAUCAUCCAUGCCCUAGAAAAGAAUGGCUAUGGGCGAGGCCAUCUCUACCGAUUCUUUCGACUUAAGGGUUAUAAUAUAGCCCGCGAUCGACUAUAUAGUAUAGUUCAGGAACUUGAUCCGGAUGGGGUCAAGCGUCGAAAGAGUGAUGUCUACCGGCGACGAGGGGAGUAUGUAGUUCCUGGCCCAAAUUAUAUCUGGUCUAUGGAUGGCCAUGAUAAAUUAUCCUUCUGGGGUAUACAAAUAUAUACUGCGAUCGAUGCUUUCUCUCGAUAUAUCACUUGGUGCUAUGUUGGUAUCAGCAAUCGCACUCAAAUCAGUGUACUGCGACAGUUUCUUGAAGUGCUUCAGGAAACAAAAAUCCAGCCUCGCUAUAUACGCUCUGAUAAAGGGGGCGAAACAGUUCUAGUUGCAGCCGCACAUUAUCUACUGCUAAAAGAGCAGUAUGAGAAUCUCUUUCUUCAAGACUGUUAUUUAUAUGGUACAAGCACAUCAAAUCAGCGAAUAGAAGCUUGGUGGUCACAGCUUACAAAAAGCCUUCUCUUUAUUUUUCGGGAUUAUUUCCUGAAACUCAGCAAUGAUGGAUAUUUCAAGAAAAAUAGCCUUGCAGAUCGAAUUGCGAUAUUAGCAAUAUAUAUGCCUAUGGCUCGUGAAGAGAUUGCUUCUUAUAUUAACGUAUGGAAUACGCAUGGAAUCAGAAAGCAGUCUCAUCGCAUUAAUAGUAUCAAUGGCCAACCCAACGUUUUAUAUCAUCUAUCAGAAGACGGUAUACAGGAUUAUGGAUCAAAGCCUGAUCAAGUGGUAUUGCAAACAUUGCUUGAUGAGCAUAAUUUUGAACUUGAUGAAUAUCUGCCGCUAGAUACUUUGAAUUGGUGUCAACAAAAGUUACAGUCUCAGGGUUUUGAAAGGAUUAAGCUUGAAGACCUAAAUGAACAUGGAGAACGUACGCAUUUCAUUGCAUAUUUGUAUCUCCGGGAUCAAAUUAAUCUACACAUCGCAACACAAUCAGAGCCCCAGCUCAGGGAGUGCGAGAAGCCAACCCAAGAGGAGCUACAUUUGCAACAGGAUUUACAGGACGUUGCUACUGAUUUAACAAAUCAACCAUGGUUCUCAAGGUAG